AUGACAUUCUAUCGACCCAUUCCGCAUGCAAGCGUGGAUGUUGGCGGACCGGCGCUGAAGGGGGGCGAAGGUCUGGCUGGCACGCGGGGCGAUUACUUCUCGCCAGGGUUCUGGGCGCAGAAUGGCAGCACCUCGCAGCCAGCUGGGGACGGUCUGCCCGGGCCACGGCCCACCACCACCACGCCUGCCAUGCCGAAGAUGGGCGUGCGCGCCAGGAUCGCCGACUGGCCCCCCAAGAGAGACGCACUGAAGGAUCCGGCCGCUCCAAGCCCCUCAAGGGACAUGGAAGCAUCGACGGGCAUCAGCAGGACUUUUCUUUCACCCAAGGGCUUUCAGAAUGGGCAGCAGCCGCCUCCCACCAGCCUGGGCUCCUCGGGGCUCAGGGGCUUGCACCGGCUCUCCAGGAGGAGAUCCAAGGACGUGGAGUUCCAGGAGGGUUGGCCUCGAUCGCCUGGCAGGGCCUUCGUCCCGCUGCGCAACAGGAGUAACAGCGAGAUCACCCUCAGUGAGUGUGACUUGGAAGAGACCCUGGAGCCCCGUGGGGCCAAGCUGGGGAGCGGCCUGCCCCUCUUCCGCGAGUACGGCAGCACCUCCUCCAUAGACGUGCAGGGCAUCUCGGAGCAGAGCUUGUUCGACAUGCUCCGCGAGCUCCGCGCCGAGAAGCCGGCCCAGCGCUGCCUGGCGCCCGAGAAGCCGAGCGACCCCCUGCGGGCCGACGCCAGCACAGCCUCCAGUCUGCACGUGGCUGGCAGCGCCAAGGCGGAUGUGAGGAACGGCCUGGGGCUCCCCCCUGAGGACUCCCCCACUCAGCCGAAGGAGAAGCCCCGCAAGAAGGGCCCCAGGGGGGAGGCAGGGGGAGACUCCAUCUUCAAGAAGCUGCGGAGCAGCCGGAGCGAUGGGGAGCCCGGGAGGGCCUUGGUGGAGCAGGAGGACGGUGGCAAGGCCUGGGUCUGCCAGAAGAGCUUUGCCCACUACGACGUGCAGAGCCUGCUCUUCAACCUCAACCAGGUGGCAGCCAACCGGGCGGUGGUGGCGCAGCGGAGGAAUACCACGACGGGCGCCUCUGCCGCCUCUGCCGUCUCGGCUGCCCUCUCCCGGGCGUACGGGCUGGGGGGCCUGGACCCGGCCUUCGCCAGCACCGAAGACCUCAACUACAAGGAGAACCUGGAGCACGACCUCGGGGACAACAACAGCAACGACCUGCUGCUCAGCUGCCCCCACUUCCGCAACGAGGUGGGCGGCAUGUGCGAGCGCAACGUCAGCUUCUCCAGGGCGUCGGCCGGCUCCCCCAGCGGGGCCGCGGGCGAGGGAGGCUUCCUGGAGCCCACCCUCAAUGCCUACUGCACCAACGCCAGCAUCUCCGUGCUGGAGGUCCCCAGGGAGUUGCAGAGGAGCCCCAGCCGGCUAACACGCUACAACGUGGAGCACGUCGACCUGGGGGCCCGCUACUACCAGCUCUAUUUUCACGGCAAAGAGCAUUCCAACUACUUUGGAGUGGAUGAGAAGCUGGGACCAGUGGCUGUGAGCAUCAGGAGAGAGAAGUUGGAGGAUCAUAAAGACUACGGGCCCCAGUAUCAGUACAGGAUUAUCUUCCGGACCAGCGAGCUCGUGACCCUGCGAGGCGCCAUCCUGGAGGAUGCGACUCCCACCACCACCAAGCAGGGGACGGUGCGUGGCCUCCCCCUGAAGGAUGUGCUGGAGUACGUGGUCUCCGAGCUGAACAUCCACUGUCUGCGGCUUGCCAUGAACACGCCGAAAGUCACGGAGCAGCUCCUGAAACUCGACGAGCAGGGGCUCUGCAGGAAGCACAAGGUGGGGAUCCUGUACUGCAAAGCAGGGCAGAGCUCCGAGGAGGAGAUGUACAAUAACGAGGAGGCGGGGCCAGCCUUCGAAGAGUUCCUCUCCCUCGUCGGGGAGAAGGUCUGUCUGAAAGCCUUCAGCAAGUACGCUGCCCAGCUGGACACGAAGACUGACUCCACCGGCACCCACUCUCUGUACACCACGUAUCAGGACUACGAGAUCAUGUUCCACGUCUCCACUAUGCUCCCCUACACACUCAACAACCGGCAGCAGCUACUAAGGAAGCGGCACAUAGGAAACGACAUAGUCACAAUCAUCUUCCAGGAGCCUGGAGCGUUGCCUUUCACCCCCCAGAAUAUCCGCUCCCACUUCCAGCAUGUCUUUAUUAUUGUCCGAGUCCACAGCCCUUGCACUGAUAACGUUUGCUAUAGCGUGGCUGUGACCAGAUCCAAAGAUGCUCCACCCUUCGGCCCCCCCAUCCCCAGCGGCGUCACCUUCCGCAAGUCUGACAUCUUUAGAGACUUCUUACUGGCCAAGGUGAUCAAUGCCGAGAACGCCGCGCACAAGUCCGACAAGUUCCACACCAUGGCGACGCGCACCAGGCAGGAGUACCUGAAGGACCUGGCGGAGAACUGCGUCACUAACACGCCCAUCGACUCCACGGGGAAAUUCAACUUGAUCUCCCUGACUUCUAAGAAGAAGGAGAAGAUGAAGGCACGGGUGGGGGCGGAGCAGUACAGCAGCGGGGCCAUCGCCUGGCGCGUCUCGGCCCAGGACUUUGCCCAGGGGGUGGAGAUCGAGUGCAUCUUGGCCAUCUCCAACGAGUUCAUCGUCCUGCUGGACCUCGGCACCAAGGAGGUGGUGUUCAACUGCUUCUGUGGGGAUGUGAUCGGCUGGACUCCCGACCCCGGCACCCUCCGGAUCUUCUACGGCAGAGGGGACCACGUCUCCAUCCAGGCCGCGGACAGCAGCCCCGAGGACAUCAAGGAGAUCGUGCAGCGACUCAAGGUCAUGACCUCGGGCUGUGAGACGGUCGACAUGACCCUGCGGCGAAACGGGCUGGGCCAGCUCGGCUUCCAUGUGAAGUACGACGGGACGGUGGCCGAGGUGGAGGACUACGGCUUUGCGUGGCAGGCGGGGCUCCGGCAGGGCAGCCGGCUGGUGGAGAUCUGUAAAGUCGCCGUGGUGACGCUGUCCCACGACCAGAUGAUCGACUUGUUGCGGACCUCGGUCACAGUGAAAGUGGUCAUCAUCCCGCCCCACGAGGACGGCGUCCCUCGCAGGGGAUGGGCCGAGUCCUUCGAAAUGAGCAGCAUGGAGCACAAGGCAGAGCUGGAGAGCGUGCCCGCGGGGCAUCGCCCGCCGUACCGCAGCAACUCAGCAUGGCAGUGGAGCGGGCCUGCCUCCCACCACUCCUCGCUGGCAGCCAAGUGGGCAGAGCCCCUGCCCCUCACGAGGCCCCCCAAACAGACCUCCGUUGUCCCGUACCGCGAGCCGCAGCCCCUGCACGGCAAGAGGCCGGUUAGCUUCCCUGAGACGCCGCACACCGCCGCCGCCUCCUCCCCAGCGGGGGCGGAGAGAGUCCAGCCAUAUCGGCAGCCGUCGGGCAGCUUCUCGACUCCAGGCUCAGGAGGAACGGCUUACACCCGCUACAAGCCAUCCCCAGAAAGAUACGCAACCUCUCAGCGGCCUGUGCUGCCGUUGGAACAGCAUUACAGCCCCGAAGUGACCUCGAGCGGCGAUUCCUCGUCCGGGGGGCUCCCCAGUCAGGAGAGCACCAUGGAGAGGCACAAGCCGGAGCCCCUGUGGCACGUGCCGGUGCAGUCCAGGCUCCCUACUGCGACGGGGAGCAGCAUGAGCAAGCGGCCCAGCAGGCAGGAGCUGGCCGGAAAGGAUUCUCCCAACCGGCCUUCCAAAGGUGAGGCUCAGUAUUCCAGCCACUCCAGCAGCAACACGCUGUCCAGCAACGCCUCCAGCAGCCACAGUGAUGAGCGCUGGUUUGACACGCCCGAGCCUGCCGAGGGUGAGCCAGACCCCGUCUCCAAGGGGGGCUCCAGCGACAGCGGCAUUGACACCACGCUCUGCGCCAAGCCCUCCCGCCUGGGGCCGCAGAGAGACCAGCUGCCCAAAGCCCUGCCGGGCUCUGCCCACUACGCCAGCCUGCACGAGAGUGGGGCCAGGCCUGGGAGCAAGAGGAGGGAGCCUUCGCCUGCCGUCAGUGCGGGCAGCCACAGCCGAGGCUACCGGCCCAAGAUGUACGCCACAGGGGCCAGCGCGGCCGGGCCUGCCGCAGCCCCCAACCAUGGCAGUGAGCUCUUCAAGCAGCCAAGUAAUUUCAGUUUGCGACAAGGCCGCCCUGCUCAGGGUUACAAAACACCCGUGGCUGAGAAUCCCAGGCCCCCACACAUGUCCCAGUCCAGCUCCUUCCAGCUGUCUGCCUCUGUCCCCAAAUCCUUCUUUUCCAAACAGACCAGCAGGAACAAGCCGGCGUUGGGGUGGAAGAGAGCCGAGGAGACCCCCACGAGACCUGUGGCCUUCACAGACCCAAAGAAGCAAAUCGACAUGAACACCAAGAACGUCUUUGGGCAGCCCAGGCUGCGGGCGUCACUCCGGGACCUGCGCUCCCCCCGCAAGAACUACAAGUCCACCAUUGAGGACGACCUGAAGAAGCUCAUCAUUAUGGACGGCUUGGGCCCGGAGCCAGAGAGAGCCAUGUCUCCGCAGAAGACUCUCCAGCGGACGUUAUCAGACGAGAGCCUGUGCAGCGGGAGGAGAGACGCCAGCUACGCCAACGCCACCUGCUUCGAACAGUCCCUAGCCAGCGACGUCCUCUUCACCAGCACCUAUCCGUCCAGCACGCUGCCCACCCGGCGGCAGCACCCGCAGCCGGGCAGCGGCGGCCUCCCCGAGAAGAAAUCCACCAUCUGUGCCUCGGAGCUGUCACUGAGCGACGCGCGGGACAAGCCCCCCAGACGCCUCGACCCGGGGCUGAUGCCCCUGCCCGACACGGCAGCUGGCCUGGAAUGGUCCAGCCUGGUCAACGCUGCGAAGGCCUAUGAAGUGCAGAGAGCCGUCUCCCUCUUCUCCCUCAACGACUCCGCGCUGAGCCCCGACGCCCCCCCGGCGCCCAGCCUGGAGAGACAGCCCACGCCCCGCACCACGCCCACCAUGAGCGAGGAGCUGCCCGUGGACCUGACGGGAAAGGUGUCUCAGCUGGAGGCCAUGCUGAAGCAGCUACACAACGACCUGCAGAAAGAGAAGCAGGACAAGGUGGUGCUGCAGGCGGAGGUGGCCAAUCUGCGCCAGAACAACCAGCGGCUGCAGGAGGAAUCGCAGACGGCCAACGAGCAGCUGCGCAAGUUCGCCGAGAUCUUCUCCAGCCCCGUGGAUAAGGAGCUGUGA